AUGUUAAGUUUGGAAAAGCUCUCCGGACAAAAGUGCGCUCAGGUGAAGCCAACAUCAGCAGCAAUGAAUGUUACAGAAAUGACCAAUUCAUCAAUAGCAGCAGCGACGCCACGUGCUGUGACAGAAGGAAUUACGAAACCUUCAGGAGUUGCGACGACAUACUCUGAAGCCAACACAACGAUUAACGACGUGAUCACAACAGCGCUCCCAGCAAGUACAGACGGCACAAUUGUCGCAGUGGUCAUUUUUGUGAUCUUGCUGACCGUAGCAGUUGUGGGCUUCCUGCUUUAUCGAUAUCUGUGCCAUAACAAAGGAGACUACAGGACGACUGGAGAGCUGGCCCCAGGCGAAGAUGCAGAAGAAACUUCCCAAAUUCACAAAGGGACCGAGAAAAAGGAGUAUUUCAUAUGA